AUGGAUCCAGAUUUUUCAUACCUAGAUCACAAUCGAUUUUCAAAUGUCGCGAACUAUCGUGAGCAUAUUCCAAGGCGGCCUCGAGCAAACACAACUCUUACACCAUCUCUAAAGCUUUUAGUCGAUGUUUGAAGCCAUCUUCCCGAAUCAGAAAAAAGUGCUUUUUCUCAUUUUUCUGGGCUUGAGCCUCGCCAUUCUUCAGACUCUCCACAAAGUCCUGUAAAACGAAAAGCAAGGCGUUCAAAUACACUUGCAGAAAAUAUAAAAAAUAAAAAAUUUACUAAACACCCCACAGGAAGAAAUCAGUCAUGUAUCAUUGAGCAUUUAUUCUCUUUUAGACAGAUUAUAAGCUCUACUAUUAUAAACAUUUAUACAUAAAAGACUGCAGACUAUUUUGAUUUUAAAAUCCAUUGGCAGGUAUAGAACCAGCCGGAUCAGAGAAACUUAUUUUUGAAAUCCCUAAUAAAGAUGAUAUAAGCGGCAAUGAAUUUGUAUAUAAAAAUAUAUAAAUAAAAUGGCAUUCGGUUCGAGAGAAAUUAGCUCUGCUAAUUUUCUCUCCCUCAUGGAAUUUUAUUUAUAGGGUUAGGUUUUCACUCGAAGACUUCUGGACAGCAAUAGCGGUUUAACUCUGGAGAUAACCAGAGGAACCACUCCUCAGUCCACUCAAGAUUUCGGGCUUUUACCUCUCAGCACAUCCCCACGGGAGGAUGACCCUUAGGCGGAACACGCGCAGGAGCUGAGUCGAGCGACAAGGGCGACGGCAACGCGCCGGGUGAGACGUGCAGCAAGGCCGGUGAAGCAGGAGUUGAUAGAAGGCUUGGACGGGGCUGACCUGUGCCAAGAUGGCUCGCCUACGUCAUCAGUUUUGCCAUAGGCCCUUUUGGGCUGCGGCACUAGACACCUUAAACACCAGAUAAUUAAGUAAGUAAGUAUAUAAAAUAUACAUUGGAAACACAGAAGCUGCUAAUGAUGAAACUCUUUUGAGGACUUAUAUGAUUGAUUCUGUGCUUGCCUUAGGACUUGAAGGAUCACCAGAGAAAUAUACUUCAGUAAGACGAGGCUAUUUAAGGCUUGAAGUUGGUAGAGAUUUGCUUGAAGCAAUGGACGCAAUACAAAGAUUUUUGGAUAUACAACUAAAACGAGGGCAUGUACUUGUGCAAUGCCCAACAGGUAAAACUAUUGCUCCAGCUGCUGUUAUAGGGUAUUUCAUAAAGAGAUUUAAUAUAAUUUUCAGCUAUGCAAGAGAUACUAUUGCAAAAUAUGUUUCUGGAAUGAAACUCAACCCAGAGCAUAUCAAGCAACUGAAAAGUUUAUCAAUUCAAAAUGUUUAA